AUGGCAUCCUCGAUCCGCACAACAGUGCACGAGUCACUCCCAUACAUCGACACAGACCCAACCCCCUCAGAGCGCAGCGCAGCCGAAGCCCUCAUAUCCGCCGAAGCGGAGCUCUCCUCCCCACGCGCGCCAACCUCGUAUCCCGCCCCGACCUUCACGCCGCUAUUCCAAGCCGAACUAUCCCGGAUAUCCUCGCAGCAGCCCCUAAACGCAAUCGACCUAACCCGGUACGAAGCGCAAGACGCGCCAUCACCCACCUGCCAGACCCCCUCGCAUCUAACGCCGCUCAUAUCCCGCGCCUACACAACCCACACGUACCUCCAGUCCCGGCAGACGCACCUCCAGCUCCUCGAUGCCUACGGCAAGAACGCCUGGCUCGUGGGGAACUGGCAGACGGAGGCCGAUCUGGCCGUCUUGGAGCGCGAGCUCGCGGCCGCGAAGCGCGAGAUUGACGUCGUGAAUAUCCAGCGCCGUCGGCUGCAGGACGAGGUGGGCGAGGAGCUCAAGGGUCUCGAGGAGGCGUGGAGGAAGGGCGUCGGCCGCGUCCUCGAGACCGAGGUUGCGACCGAGACUUUGAGGCACCAGGUUCUUGCCAAGCAGCGAGGCGGCGGAUGA